GAAUUACGAGACUGGAGAAUCAAACGGUCCGGAAAUUUUAAAAAAUCAAAUUAAAAACUAAAAUAAAUGCUCAAACCCAUCAACAAAAUAAUACUUUUAAAUUCGUAGCUCUUUUCCAUUCACACAAACAGAGAGCUUUAUUGAGUGGUUCCUCUCGCAUUGAAGGCAUCGCCGUCGCCAUCGCUGUCGGGCUUUACAAGCUUCUGGGGCUUUCUCUGCAGAUCGCUUUGAAUAUAAACUCUAGUUUUGAUCCUCAGAACCCAAGAAGAAAGGGAAAAACAUGUCAAAUUUGGGUCUCAUAAAUGGGUUAUUGUUGCUGAUGCUCUUAAAGCCAACAGGUAUAGGAGCUGCUGCUGCUUUUGCUAAUUCUUAUAGCAGAUACGAUUUUCCACCUGCGUUUGUUUUUGGAUCUGGCACCACUGCUUAUCAGGUUGAAGGAGCUGCUAAGCAAGAUGGCAGGACACCAAGCAUUUGGGAUACCUAUGCUCAUUCUGGAGAUGGACCUGGAGGAGACGGUGACAUAGCAUGUGAUCAAUAUCACAAAUAUAAGGAAGAUGUGAAAUUGAUGGUGGAUGUUGGACUUGAUGCUUAUAGAUUUUCCAUCUCAUGGUCGAGACUUAUUCCAAAUGGAAGAGGAGCCAUAAAUCCAAAGGGGUUAGAAUACUACAACAAUCUCAUCAAUGAACUCAUCACCCAUGGAAUUCAACCCCAUGUAACAUUGCAUAACUUUGAUCUUCCACAAGCACUUGAAGAUGAGUAUGGCGGAUGGGUUAGUCCGAAGAUUAUAGAAGAUUUCAAAGCAUACGCAGAGGUAUGUUUUAGAGAAUUUGGAGAUAGGGUGUUGCAUUGGUCAACUAUAAACGAGGCUAAUGUGUUUGCGUUGGGAGGAUACGACUUAGGAUUUCUACCACCUCAACGAUGCUCGCCUCCAUUUGGAAUCAGAAAUUGUUCUAAAGGAAACUCAUCAACUGAGCCUUAUUUGGUUGUGCAUCAUUGUCUAUUGGCACACGCAUCUGCUUCAAGUUUGUAUAAAAAUAACUACAAGGACAAACAACAUGGUUUCGUAGGGAUCAGCAUCUAUAUGUUUCGAUUCGUUCCUUUCACGGAAUCAAAAGAAGACGCAAAGGCUGUUGAAAGAGCCUACGAGUUUCUUGUUAAUUGGGUGCUUCAUCCAUUAGUGUUUGGAGAGUAUCCUAAUUUGAUGAAGAAAAAUGUAGGGUCAAAAAUGCCAAUUUUCAGUGAUGAUGCGAGCAGUCUAGUGAAGGGGUCUGCUGAUUUCAUAGGGAUCAUUCAUUAUCAGAAUUGGCAUAUCAAAGAUGAUCCUUAUAGCUUCAUGAUGGAAACUAGAGACCUUGGAGCUGAUAUGGGAGCAAAAGCAAUCAUGUUACAUGAAAAUGUCACGACACCCGAGAGCCUCCAAAUGGUAAUAGAGUACUUGAAGCAAGUUUAUGGCAAUCCUCCAACUUACGUCUAUGAAAAUGGUCUUCCAAUGAAGAGAAAUUCAUGGUUAAAUGAUGAGCCAAGAGUGGAAUACAUGCAUGCCUACAUUGGUGCUGUUCUUGAUGCUUUGAGGAAUGGAUCAAACGUAAAAGGCUACUUCAGUUGGUCAUUUCUUGACGUAUUUGAGUUACUGGAUGGAUAUGAUUCAAGUUAUGGAUUGUUCUACGUAGAUUUCGAUGAUCCAAAUUUGAAACGAUAUUCUAAAUUCUCGGCUCAAUGGUUCUCCAACUUUUUGAAAGGGAAAGGGAAAGGGAAGGUUGCCCAUUCAAAUGGGGUUUUGGAGCUCAAGAACAAUCAAACCACCUUGCCUUCUUCAUCAUACUCAUCAUAUAAACUUUUAGAAUAAAUAUACAAAUGUUCGAAUCCUUUUUGUAUUAUAUUAUUUGUCGUAUGGUAUUAUAAUGUAAAAUGAAUAAAUGUAUGAACAAAUUUGAAUGUUACUCGCAGUUGUUUACGGUAUGA